AGUUCGAAUGGCAUGCGCGACGUGGCGCGCAUAGAUGAGGCGUGUGAAUAAAUUUGUUCUCGGUGCCGGUCAAAGUGUCAUUCUCCCGGCCACUAGCUUGACGGAAGGAAGAUGGAAGUGAGUGCGAAGGCGAUCACGGAACUUCGCGACAAGUUUUUCAAAAAGCUAGACGACGAGGGACCACCCGAUCCUAAGGGUUUUCAUCCUGCUGAUAUAGCCAGGAUAAAAAAUACUGAUGACUGGCUAAGACGAUUUUUAGAGGCUACUGACCUCAAUGAACAAGAGGCAUUUAAUAUGCUUUGGGAUACUUGUACUUGGAGAAAAAAAUUUGGAGCAAAUGAUAUUACCGAAGAUAAUGUGAAAAGAGAAUAUUUAGAAGAAGGAUCAUGCUAUGGCUAUGGUAAAGAUAAAGAUGGCAAGAAACUUCUUGUGAUUAAGUUAAAGUUGCAUGUUAAAGGAGUGAAAGAUUUUGCAGAACUUCAGAGAUGUAUAGUUUACUGGUUUGAGAGAUUAGAAAGAGAAGUAGAUCAGGUAUCGCUUUUCUUUGAUAUGGCAGAAGCUGGACUUUCCAACAUGGAUAUGGAGCUUAUUAAAUACCUCAUUAAUUUAUUCAAGUCUUAUUAUCCCAAUUUUUUAAAUUAUAUCAUAAUUUUUGAAAUGCCCUGGAUUUUAAAUACAGCUUUUAAAUUAAUAAAAUCAUGGUUACCUGCUAAAGCUAUUCCAAAAAUCAAACUUGUUAACAAAACAACAUUGAAAGAGUUUAUUGAUCCGAAUGAUGCGUUAAAAUCUUGGGGAGGUAGCAGUGAUUACGUAUUCAAAUUUGUGCCAGAAGUACGAACAAAUGGAGACAAUGGUGUAUUGAAUGGCAAACUGGAUAAUAAAAAGGUGCAUUUCGCAGAAAAUUCACCAAUUACAGAACAAAGCCCAUCUCCAAAUAUUGGAGAGCAAACUAACGAAGAACAGUUAUUAUCCAUAGAACCUAUGGAAGCAAUUACAUUUAAUAAGGAUGGAAAUGACAUUACAGGAACAAUUACUCUUAAAAAUAUUACAACUGAUAAGUCUUUAUCUUAUAAGAUAAAGACAACAUCCCCUGAAAAAUUUAGAGUAAGACCAAGUUCUGGAAUUUUACAACCAUCUGAGCAACGAAGUGUUGUGGUUGUAUUACAGCCUGGCUAUAAUAUACGUGGUCUUUUACAUAAUGAUAGAUUUUUAGUCAUGUGCCUUUCAUUAAAAAAUGCAAAUACUACACCACAGGAACUCGCUGCACUCUGGAAGUCUGAAAAAGCAUCAGAAAUGCAUAGACUACGAUGUUGUGAUGGUAACAGUGAAAACAAUGAAGUCCAAAAAUCUCAUUCUAUAUUAACUUCUACAGGAAAUGAUCGUAAUAUUGAUGCAUUUUUCUCUAAGAUAAAUCUUCUUGAAGAAAAUUGUAAAAAGUUGCGUGAUGAAAUUGUUACUGUAAGAUACAUGCUUUUAAUUUAUAUGGUAUUGACAAUCGUAAUAGGAAUGCUGUUGAUUUAUAUUCUGAAAAUGGAUAUUAAAAAUUUAGUGGAUCAACAAAACUGCCACAUUCAUCAUGGUAACUAAAAUACUCAUGGUUUAAAAUACUCAUUUACAACUUUGAUAUAUGAGAAAAAAAAUGUUAACAAAUGUUUCUAUUCUAAUU